AUGAGUGAACCAUCGUUCAAGCGGAGGAGGACCCACUCCCCCGAUAGCCGCGCAUCGAGUCCACUGAGACAACCUCCACGCCGACCGUCUUUUGCGUCCCCUACCAAAGCUAGCCUGGCGGAGACCUAUCCGAAUCUUCGACCUUCUACAUCAACCCCUCGCCUUAGUGCAUCUCCCAGACGCAGAGCUCGUGGAGAUGUAUCGGCCAAGGGAAGACAAGCGCGUGCUGCCGAGGAUGCUCAAGAGGCCAGUAAAGAACCAGACCUACCGAAUACACCAUCACAACGAAAUUUUGAAGGACCAAAUCAACCGCCUCGGGGCAUCCUAUUUUCCUCGCCGAGUAAACGACCUCCACGUGCGAAAAAUGGCUUCAAACAGUCGCCAUUGAAACCGCAAGCACCUGCCGUACAAUCAGAUGAUGAUACCAGGGCGGUAGAGGAUGGGCCAGUAGAGGAAAAUGUACGUAAGGUUGCAGAACAACAGCCUCUUGAUCCUGAGGUGGAGCGGAGAAAACAGGAAAAAGCACGGCUACAGCGUGAAGUGGAGAAAUUAGAGUCUCAAGUCUCGAGGUGUAUGGAUGAGAUUGAAAAAGAGCAACGGCGAGACCCAGAAGAGACAUUACAAUCCCAAGAACGUGAAAGUCUACGCACCUUCAUUACCGAAAUCAGCGGAGCAGACACAGAACCGGAGAAGCCAAAAGUAUCCAGUCUACUCUGCUCAUUCCUUCCAUUCGCCGCCAUGCCCGCUCCUCGACCACGCUCGAAGCAAUCAGACAAGCCCGUUCCAUCCCAUCGGCCAAUAGACCUAGCAGACCCUCUCCCCUACCUCGAAAUGUUCACCUCCUUCAAAUUCUCAACCCGCCUCAGCCUCCCCCGAAGCAAAUCCGGCGCAUCCUCCCGGCGAAGCCACCAAACCCACACAAUCGACAUCACCGGCCCCCAAAAACUCCUCACAGCCCAACUCUCCCUAACACUCGACGCUCUAGCCCCUGAAAUAACAAAACUACAGCUCACCCGUCUCUCACCCUGGGCAGACCACGAACUCGGCACCUUCAUCCACUCCCGCGCCCAACAACGCGAUCUCAGCAACGCCACCUGGGCCAUAAAUUCCUACUGGACACUCGCCCAGAAACGCGCACAGUACUGGCAUAAGCUUGAAACAAGCUUCCCCCAUCUUCUUAUCGGCCGCUCAGGAAACGACACGGAGAAUGCAUUGCAGACACAGGCUCAGUCUAAACCUUGCAGUUCGAUUUCGAGAAAGGAGCUGAAUCGCCAUCUCGGUCGUGAUACGCUGGUGCUACAAGAUAGUCAUGUUGUGCUCAAGCUGAGUUGGCGCAUUGGGUUUGAUUGGACGGGCGAGGCCGAGUCGGAUGUCGCUGUUGAGACGGCGUUUCCUCGCGUUUGGUCGGAGACGGAUACAGCGGAUAGCUUGAAGAAGGUGCCUGAGACGUUUGAUUCGUUGAUGCGGGGGAGGGGGGUGUUUGAGGCAACGAGGAUUAUUGUUGCUUUGCUGUUUGCGCAGUAG